AUGUCGAAGCACGUGGUUUUCGACGUAGUUGGCACCUGCGUCGGCUACGGCGCCUUCUUCGCCGGCAUCGAGAAGCACAUCGGUCCACGCCUUCGCGAGCACGGUAUCCCUUCCCAACUCUUCGGGUUCGCCUGGAUGGAGUCCUCCGAACGGGAAUUCACUUUCCUCUCUAUCUCAGAGCGCUACGUCCCUUACAAGGACGUCUUCAAAUCGCUUUUCUACCGGGUUCUAUGGAUGUCUGGUAUUUCCGAUCCACGAUCUUUUGCUACCGAUGCCGAGCGCGACGCCAUCUGCGCGACAUACUCAGACUUGGAAUUGCGGGAGGGUGUUAAAGAAACAUUUGAGUUGUUGAGGAAGAAUGGCUUUACGGUUUGGUGUUUAACGACGGGGGAUGUGGAGAGGGUUAGGGGAUACUUUUUGAGGGCAAGAGUAGACAUGCCGAUGGAGAACUUCAAGUCGUGCGAUGCUGGGGGUGUGGCUAAGCCGGCGUUGGCGGCUUACCGACCACUGUUUAGGGAGUUUAAAGAAGAGGAUGAGAAGUGGUUUGCUGCGGCUCAUUACUGGGAUGUGAGCGCGGCCAAGAAAAUUGGAUUUAAGGGGGCAUAUUGCUCCGUGUACGAAAAGGAAGAUUGCGCGGAGUUGUUUGGGGAGAAAAUGGAUGUCAUGUCGGACACUCUUCCUGAAAUGGCGAGAAAGAUUAUUGAAGCGUGUGGGAAAUAG